AUGAAAAUCAGAGGACACGGAAGAUAUUCCUACAUGAUGUCGCUGGUGACGAACUUCCUCGUCAAGGACAGGAUGGUCCUUCUGGGGAUUUCAGCAACCGUAUUCUUUAUAAUGCUUUCAAGCAAGUUCCACUUUGAAUUUCAAAAGCUGAUAACAAAGGUGGAGCAGUAUAUUGUUGGGAAGGCAACCGAUGGGACGGAAUCCAGCAGGCUUCUGAUUUCGUUCAUGCUUCUUCCCAUAAACCACUAUGUGGCAAGCCUUAUCUACAAGCUCAUUUCAGCCUAUGUCAUCCAAAUUCUCAUGGGAAAGUCCUUUCAGCAUUGCUUGAAAGAGUAUCUCUUGAUCAACUACCAUGGAUUCCACCAUCUGGGAUCGGGGCAAAUACACUCACUGGUUGAGAGAAGAUCCAAUGCGAUGGUGAGCUUUAUGAGGAUAUUUUUUGCAGACAUCUUCUUCAACGUGACAUAUGUCAUGUGGGGGUUCCUGUACUUCUACCGCUGCUCUGUGGGCAUUGUGGUACUGACCAUUGUCCAAAUUCUGGUGUAUGCGGUUGUAUCAUGGCGAGGUACGAUCAUCAGAAACCACUUCAGAAGGAAGUACAAUUCUGCAUACAAUACAGCCUCAAAUAGGCUUUAUGGGAUCCUGCAAAACUACGACAUAAUCAAGUCAUACAACAAGGAAGAAAAGGAGCUAUCCAAGUAUCUGGGGACCAUUUGGGAUGUUGGAAGACACUCCAGAAAGUACGACCAGGUCAACGCCUUUGUGGAGUUUUUCCAGAAAAGUCUUUUCUUCGUUCCAAAUGCAUUUCUUGUGUUUAUGAUCAUCAACGGAUACAUGUUCAAGAGCAUGACAGUGGGGAAUAGAUACAUCGAGUACUCAAAGUUCUUUUCUGAGCUACGCAACGGGAUAAUGAAGCUGAAGGACAGCAUCUUCACGAUGAACGAAAAUCUAACGGACAUAUUCGACUCGAAGAUUGAAGACAUGGCCGAGGAGGACGACGGCCUUGGGCUUACCAUAGAGUCAUUCAAUGACUCAAUAAGAUUUUGUGAUGUGUCGAUUUGCAUAGGAAACAAGCUUAUAAUGGAAGGCUUCAGCGGUGAGAUUAAAAAGGGGGAGAAGAUAGGCAUCAUAGGGAAAAACGGCUGUGGGAAGUCAUCUCUCAUCAAUGCACUCCUCAGAUUCCUCGAAUACAGGGGAGAAAUACACAUUGACGGCAUUGAGCUAAGAAGAAUUAGAAAGUCAUCCAUCCGAAGCCUUAUUUCGUUUGUUCCCCAGAACCACCAUCUAUUCAACGGGACUGUUCUUGAAAACAUAGCUUAUUCUUGCAACUCCGUUGAAUACGAGGAUGUUCUGAAGAAGUGCAUGCACUUCAAUACACACGAGAUGUUUAGCAAGCUUGGAAAGGGCUAUCAGACUGUUGUUGGGGAAAACGGGAAGUUCCUAAGCGGAGGGCAGAAGCAAAGAAUCAGCUUUAUGAGAGCUAUGGUGAAGGACUCGGACAUAAUAGUUCUGGACGAGCCGACGUCUAAUCUGGAUGCAGACUCGGAGAGGGAGCUUGUGGAGAUGAUACUCAAAAGAAUGAAUGACAAGACUGUGUUUUUGGUUGUUCACGAUCAUGAUCUUCUCCGAGGCUUCGAUAAGAUACUUGGGCUUCAUGAUAAUGCAGUUAGAGUGUACGAUUCUUUCGAUGAAUUUAUUGUCGAUAGAUCAAAGUAUUGA